AUGGAGGCGGAGGGCGGCCCGCUGGGCCCGGGGGAGCGCUGGGCGCCGGUGGGCGCCGUGUCGGCGGCGACGGCGGCGGCGGAGGAGGAGGACGAGGAGGAGGAGGCGGCGGCGGCGGCGGGGGGCGGGUCGCCGCAGUCGGUGCCGCGGCUGCGGGCCGAGCGGCGCCGCCUGCACGGGGCGCUGCUGGCGCUGGCCUCGCACUUCGCGCAGGUGCAGUUCCGGCUGCGGCAGGUGGCGCGGGCCGGGCCGGCCGAGCAGCAGCGCCUGCUCCGCGACCUGGAGGACUUCGCCUUCCGCGGCUGCCCCGCGCCGCUGGCCCACGGCCUCGGCGGCGCCCCGAGUGAGCGAGAGAAGCAGGAGCAAAUUGAGGUCCAGAAGGAGAAGCAGAGAGAGCUGAUCCUGCAGCUCAAGACACAGCUGGAUGACCUGGAGACGUUUGCUUACCAAGAGGGCAGCUAUGAUUCUCUGCCACAGUCUGUGGUUAUGGAAAGACAACGGAUGAUUAUAAAUGAGUUGAUAAAGAAGCUGGACAUGGACUUGAGUGAAGAUAUUGCAACGCUAUCUCCAGAGGAAUUGCGACAGCGUGUGGAUGCUGCCAUAGCACAGAUUGUUAAUCCAGCCAGGGUGAAGGAGCAGCUGGUGGAACAACUGAAGACACAGAUCAGGGACCUCGAAAUGUUCAUCAACUUCAUUCAGGAUGAAGUUGGAAGCUCUGGUAAGGCGGAAGAUGGACACUGUGAAUGUGCAGGCAGAAAAGAUGGCGGUGGCUCCUACAAACCAAAUACACGGCCUUCUGGAAAUAGAGUGAACCCAGAAGAUGCCAGAAAGAUGCGAGAAACAGGCCUGCACCUCAUGCGUCGCAUGCUUGCUGUGCUACAAAUAUUUGCUGUCAGUCAGUUUGGCUGUGCUGCUGGUCAGAUUCCUCGCACCCUCUGGCAGAAGGACCAAGCCAACAAGGACUAUUCCCCCUUAAUUAAGAAACUGGAGUUGUCAGUAGAGCGGGUGAGGCAGCUAGCUAUGAAACACCAGCAGGAAGACCACGUUAUCAGUUCCUCCGAUCUGCAGGACAUUCCCUUAGGAGGCAGAGAUGAGCUGACUCUAGCUGUGCGGAGGGAGUUGACCAUUGCUUUGCGAGACCUGAUGGCUCACGGGCUCUAUGCCUCUUCGCAAGGAAUGAGCCUGGUAUUGGCACCCAUCGCGUGCCUGAUUCCUGCGUUCACCUCGUCGCCGCAGACCAUGCACCCCUGGGAACUCUUUGUGAAGUAUUACAACGCUAAGAACGGACAAGCCUUUGUGGAAUCCCCGGCUCGCAAGCUCUCCCAGUCCUUUGCCUUGCCUGUGACGGGAGGAGUGGCCGUUACCCCCAAACAGAGCCUGCUGACAGCGAUUCACACUGUCCUGACAGAGCAUGACCCCUUCAAGCGCAGUGCAGACUCUGAACUGAAAGCUCUGGUGUGUAUGGCACUGAACGAGCAGCGCCUGGUCUCCUGGGUAAAUCUGAUCUGCAAAUCUGGAGCUCUGGUACAGUCCCACUACCAGCCGUGGAGCUACAUGGCAAACACAGGCUUUGAGAGCGCGCUCAACGUUCUCAGUCGCCUGAGCAACUUGAAAUUCAACCUCCCGGUUGACCUGGCUGUCCGGCAGCUGAAAAACAUCAAAGAUGCUUUUUGAUGUAUUUUUAUUGUAGAUCAUCUGUUUUCCACAAGUAGGCAGCUGUCGGGCUCAAGAAGCCUGGCUUUUUUAAGACCAAGUUUGACUCUUUGAAAUUGAUAUUUGCUUUUAGGGAAAUCUUACGGUGUCUUGAUGCUGGAAAUCUGUGUUUUGCAAGGCUGCCACUGCAAAGCUGCUGGAGGUUGUGCGCUGUACAGCACCUCACCCUGCCCCUUUAUGCAGCUCUGAAGAGCCAAACUGCUUCGCUGGGGAGCGGAUGCCAGUGAGCGUUCAGCGUGUGGGGCUGGCUGCCCCGACUGCGGUGGAGGGCUGGCCACGGAGCCUGCAGGUGGGGGAAAGCCCCUCAGAACGUGCAGCUUGGCUCCUGUGCUGCGUCCGCAUGGUUAUUUCUCAAAGUUUGUGCUCUGAAUGAUGCCCCCACGAGACGCCUCUCACGGGAAGAGCGAGGCAAGCUGCCAGGCAUUCAGUUGCCUCGGGCGUUGCCCAGUGGCCGGUGACUUCCCCUCCGCAGCGCGAACAUGUGAGAAAACUGGGGCAGAGCUGCUGAGCCGGGGGUGCGGGGGCUGCGCCCCUCCGGCGCCGGCCCCUCGGCGAGCCACAGAAGCGGCCGCCUUCUUCAGGCUGCCGGGCGAGGGACCGGCACCCCCGGCUUUGUCCCUGAGCUCCUUUUUCGAAGCUUUUGUGUGACGGUCAGCACGCCAGCGGCCCGGUGUUUCACAGGGGAUGCAUUAAACCGCUUUAGCAAGUGUA